UCUCCCCCUCCUCUCUCUCUCUCUCCUACUGGUGAGGCGUGGCCCCGUCGCGCACCACCAGUCGCCGUUCACCCGAGUCCAGAGGGGGGAGGAGGAAGGACACAAGGAACCAACCCUUCCUCGCCUGCAUCCGCUCGCUCGCCCUUCCUCUCGCCCGCGCCGCCUCCAAUUCCCGUCCCCUACUCCCCCCGCCCGGUCCUCCUCCUCCGCAUCACCGGAAUGGCGUCGCGCGGAGGAGAUCCGCCCGGGUUUCUCGAUAACUAAGUUUAGCACAAGGGGCAAGUGACGACAUUGUUCAAUCGUGUGGCUUCCGCUUGGCUGCAACAAGAGUGUCUUUCUUGAAUGGAUUUCUCCAAGAAACUCCUCUACAUUAGUGUGAGUUGUGCAAAAGCCUCCUCAAAAGGCCGCUGCGGUAUUGAGGAUCCCUAAUCACUAAAGCUUCCAAGGUGAUGAGAAUGACUACACCCUAAAAGGCUGCCCAAGGAGUCGUGAUGGAUCCAGAAAAACGCAACGAGAUGAGCCUGAAAGACAAGAGACAACUAGUAUAUGAAGUUUCAAGAUGGCCACAAAGUGCCGCAGAGAUUCUUCAAUGCUGGACCCGCAGGGAUCUUCUUGAGCUUAUCUGCGCUGAGCUGGGCAAGGAGAGGAAGUACACCAAUGUUCCAAAAUCUAAGAUGAUUGCCUAUCUCUUGAAAUUAGUUUCACGAAAGAAUGGACAACUCAAGGAUGACAAUGCAAAUGCUAUGUUAUCAGGGCAGAAUAGCAAAGAUGACUCACAAACGAAAGGAAAUGGGGAACAACCACAGCAGUUAGUUAAAACUGUAAACCCUGACUUAUCAACACACAGAGAGGCCCGAGUAUGCAGAAAUGUUGCAUGCCAAGCCACAGUGAACGCAAGAGAUGCAUAUUGCAAGCGUUGUUCUUGCUGCAUUUGCCAUAAAUAUGAUGACAACAAGGAUCCUAGCUUAUGGUUGGUUUGCAGCUCUGAUAAUCCAUAUUGUGGUGGCUCAUGUGGUAUGUCUUGUCACCUAAAGUGUGCCCUAAAGAACAAAAAGGCUGGCAUUCUCAAGAAUGGAUGCAACAGUAAGUUAGAUUGUAGUUUCUACUGUGUUUGCUGCGGGAAAAUCAACUGGCUAAUGAGGAGUCUGUGGAAACAACUGACAAUUGCUAGAGAGGCAAGAAGAGUUGAUGUGCUAUGUGAGCGUCUGUCAUUGAGCCAUAAAAUGGUAAAAGGUUCUGAACAUUACAGGGACCUGGUGAACAUAAUCAGCUCAGCUGUGAAAACACUUGAAAAAGAAGUUGGUGGUGCAUUGGACCAAGUGUCUGCAAUCAUGGGGCGUGGCAUCGUUAACCGGCUUAGUUGUGGUGCUGAUGUUCAGAAACUCUGUUCGUGCGCAUUAGAAAUUGUAGACUCUGCAGUGGAUAACACCUUGGAGUUUGAGUCGAACAAUAAUUUGAAAACCCUAGGUCCCCAACCUCAAAUCCUUUUUGAGGAUAUCACUCCAUGUUCUGUGGUUAUUGUGCUGAAGUAUCAGGAUAACAUUGCUAAGGAGACCAUCGAUGGUUGCAAAGUAUGGCAUCGAAGUGCCAAGGUUCAAUACUAUCCAUCAGAGCCCACAUGCCACAUGCUGAGGCCAAAUACUAGGAGCCUGGUUUCCUGUCUAAGCCCUUCUACUGAAUACUUCUUCAAGGUUUUGCCUUUUGGCAGCACACAGGGGUUUGGUGCGUGGGAGGCAAAAUGCACUACACGGAGCCUUGACCGUGGCAGCAGCCAGUGCUCAACUCAGAAUUCUGAGAGCGUGUGCCUCAAAGAAAAUUCAUUGCAGCAUCAGAAGAAGGAUUUGAAUUUGCAGAACUAUCAGAGAGCCAUUCAAUAUGAUUCACCUAAGGGUUCUACAAACUCAAGUGAGAAUAAUAUAUCCUCUGAGCGGUAUUCUAAGCGGGCUAAGGUUGCAAGGUUAGAUGGUGCAAGUGACAAUGAUGAAAGCCAGUUGCCUCCAACAUCUGAAGUUUUACCAUUCGCAAGCUCCAACUCCUCUCCUUUGGAACCUCCAAGCAAACCUGACUUGCUUAGCAGCACCCCAGAUUCUGCCUCCAAGAAUUAUGUGGAGCAGCAGUACGAGUACUGUGUGAAGGUGAUCAGAUGGCUGGAGCGCGAAGGGCACAUGGACAAUGACUUCCGUGUAAAGUUCCUCACUUGGUUCAGCCUUAAGGCAACAGCACAGGACAGGCGCAUUGUGAGCGCCUUUGUAGAUGCUCUCAUCAGCGAUCCAGCUAGCUUGGUUGCUCAAUUGGUUGAUGCGUUCACGGAUGCCAUCUGCGUCAAGGAGAAGCCCACUCAGCUGCAACGGAAGGGUGCAUGCUACAAGCUUUGGAACUAGAGAUCUCUGUAACUGCUGGAAGUCUUGCUGUGUGGCAUCAUUUUGCUGGUAAUCUUCUGCUGAUUGAAGGACGAAUUAGUGAAGUUAUUGCCUAUUGUUGAUUAUCAGGUCGCAUCUUAAUUGUGUUAUUGGCAGAUAUGGGGGUGCAGGAGCUAAACUCUGAAUUUAGUGACAAGUGAUAAAUGGUGGUCGCUAUCAAAGACAGCUAAGCGCUGUAGAUGCUUCAUUUUGGCAUUCCGGUCCAUUUGAUAUCUCAUUUAUUCAUUCAGAUUUAGUCAGAAGCGGACGGUUGACCCAUGAAAACACUCGUGGUGGAAUAUUGUGUCGAUAAGACCUGAACUAGUUUACUCCGUAAUUGCUGAGUAGUCGUAACUUGUAAGAGUAGACAAGCAACUGUAUGCAUAUCUGGGAAUGCUAUGCAGAUGUUUUAUGUUCCCAUGUGGUUUCUGUUUAUUUUCAUAUGACGUGUUAGGUGUUUGGUGUGCAGGCAGCCGUUGUUCAUACAAUCUGGGGAUGUAACAUUACGAUUUGCACCUACAAACUAUUCAACCUGGAGGAGUAUUGCAAGGCCCUAA